AAGACUUUAUUAUUUUGAACGAUGUACCAUAGUUUUUUUUUUUAAUAUUACUAGAUUACAAUCUCAAUUCAGUUAUUUAGUGUAUUAGUGAUGGAUUGCCGAAUUUUUGGUUGUUGGAAAACAACAUUUAAAUUUUAUAAGAUUUAUAAAAAUAAUACAGAUAACCUGUAUACUUUAUUAAAAAGAACUAUCUAUAGUAAAGUGGAAGUUGUAAAUGAGAAUGUUAGUAACGUUGAGAUACUAGUACCCUGGGGUAAAAUAGCUGGAAGACUAUGGGGAAUUGAUAAGAGUAAGCAACCUAUUUUGGCUCUUCACGGAUGGCAAGAUAAUGCUGCUUCAUUUGAUAAUCUAGCACCACUGCUUCAAAAACAUGGACCAAUACUAGCCAUUGAUUUGCCCGGUCAUGGUUUAUCCUCUUGGUUACCUCCGGGUCAAAUGUACUUUGAAUAUAAUUAUGUAUUGUUAAUACAUAGAUUGAAAAGAUAUUUUGCUUGGGAGAAACUAAAAUUGUUAACACAUUCUUUAAGCAGUCAUUACUGCUUUUGGUAUGCUUCAAUAUAUCCAAAAGAUGUAGCUUACGUGAUAGCUAUCGAUCAUUUAAAGCCUCUUCCUGUAACUAUUGAAGAAUAUAAUGCUCGUAUAGCAGAAGCCUUCACACAAAUUUGUAAAAUAGAAGAAAUGAAAAAUAAACCACCUAGUUAUAAAAGAGAAGAACUUAUGAAAAGAUGGAUUAAAGAUAGUAUGGAAUCAAUAACCGAAGAUUCCUGUAAAAUAUUAAUGACUAGAGGAGUCACAGAAAAUCCUGAUGGAACAGUAUAUUUAAAUAGAGAUCCUAGAUUAAGAAUUCUUCCAUCUUACAGUGGUAUGACACAUGAUCAAUUAAAAGAUAUGGCUAGAUCUAUUACAUGUCCAUAUUUAGCUAUUAAAUCCGACUUCAAAGUGUUUCCGGAAGAUAAAAAAUACUAUUAUGAUGUACUGAAUAUUUUAAAAGAAAGUAGUAUCGAUUGUCAAUAUUACUUAAUACCAAAUACACAUCAUAUUCAUUUAAAUGAUCCACAAUUAUUAAUCGAAGCUAUCGAUCCUUUUUUGGAAAAAUAUAAUUAAUUAAAACGUUUGUUAUGAGAUAAUACAUGUGAUAUGUAUAUAUAAUGUAUACAUGAUAUAUAAUAUUUUAACAUAACUAAUUUAAUAUAACUAAUUUAAUUCUCACAACGUUGAUGUUUACUAUGAGAAAUAAUAUUUAAUAUAAUAUAUGUAUAUUUCUGUAAAA